AUGCCAAGUCGUCUUGAGAAUCGCAUCAAGGAACUCGAAGACCAGGUGGCCGCUGCAAAUGCCGCUACCGCUGCUGCUGUCGCCGCCGCCGCCGCCGCCGCCGCCGCGCACACGGCUGCGCACACGACGGCGAGGACAAAAUCUCCCGCAUCGACUCACCCCUCAUCAAACCACUCGAGUCCCCCCUCGUCGUCGUUCCUCUCCAACGAUCCCGUCUCCUCCUCCUCCUCGACCGCCACCACGACUAGCGGCAGCAGGCAUCAUGUCCACGCCGACGAGCAGAGUUACAUGAACAGACGCUUCCGCGGUCUCAAGAUUGACGACAGGGGUAGCAUCACCUACCACGGCGCCACCAGCUUCUUCCACAUACCCAGCGACAAUAAUGUCGUGACAUCACCUAGCGGUCCUUCGUCCGUCACGUCUGCGCCCUCGCCCGCGACGAAUGCCACGUCGACGAGCGGGAAUAAGUUCCUGCCCCUGACCGAGGUCGCCGUCAGCAAUAGGAGGGAACGGCUCGUGAGCAAUGCCUGGCAUCAGAGGGCUCUGGAAAACAUGACGGAUAUUCCUUCCAUGGGCCCCUACUAUUCCCACACCCUCCUGAACGCCAUGCUCUCCCACUCGAUACGAUUCGCCCGCGCCGACCCCAGCACGCGCAGCAUUCUAGACCACUCGUACGAAGGAGGAGCGAUAUUCGGCAAGCACGCCCGCAGCAUGGUCUUCGACGAGAUAAGCCGCGGCGUCGUCUCCGUCACCACGGUACAGACCCUCCUUCUCCUCAGCGCCCAGGAAUGCUCCCUCGCCAACACCGCCCAAGCCUGGACGUACAGUGGCCUGGCUUUCCGGCUGGUCGACCACCUGGGUGCAUGCGUCGACGGGGAGAGGUACAUGGGCUCCGUGCCCCUGAGCGACGAAGACCUAGAGGUGCGCCAUCGACUCUACUGGAGUUGUUUUUUCUGGGACAAGAUGAUCAGCCUGUACCUUGGACGGGCCCCUUCGCUUCAGCACACGGCCGUGUCUCCGCCCCACGUCAUCUGUAAGAUCUCGUCCCCUCCCGAGAAUACCCCAGACACGGAGCAUGUUCCGUCCUUGCUGACCACAUCUGCGCGUGCAGUCGACAACUCUGCCGAGAAUGACCUCUGGAUGCCAUUUGGCGCCAACCCAGCCGGCACAUGGGCAUACCCGCCCGCCACCGCCCACUCCACCUCGACCUUCACCAGCACAUGCCAGCUUGUCAUCAUCUUCAACGAGAUCCUCAUCCACAUGUACGACCCGCUCUUUCAGAACACCGAGGACGAGAUGAAUGAGUGUCUGGGCUCCCAGGAAGCCGCCCUGCAGAGCUGGUGGGACAAUCUACCGCCGUACCUGCGUCUCGAUCCCAGUUCUCUGCCUGGACUAGCCCCACCCUCACACAUUAUCACCCUCAACUGCCUCUACCACACCUUCAAGAUCCUCCUGUACAGGCCAUUCCUGACCCGCAGCUCCCAUCCCUCCUCACGGCCGUUGAUCAAGGAGGAGCCCGAGGCGCCCCCGGUGCACAACUAUCUGGUCCAGUGCGUCACGUCGGCCACAUCCAUCAUCGCCAUGUUCAACCUCUUCUCUCGCACCUUCGGCACGAAUUACUGCGUUCUCUCCCUGUCAUACAGCCUGUACAUUGCCGCCACGAUAUACCUCCUCCAGGUCCAAGCCUUCCCCAACGACCAGCAGGCGCUCAUGAGGUUAGACUACUGCCUUCGUGCACUGGGGGAGAUCAAGGUGUACACUCCAGUCAUUGCCGGUGCCCUCAACCUCAUCCACAGAGAACUAGCACGGCUUGGCAUCCCUCUCAGCAUGGCAACGUAUCAGCCUCCCGCUACAGCACCCUUUGCAGACCCCGCCCCGAAGAUGGCCCCCGGCGGCAACGCAUUCUACGGCACCCCCGGUGCUGCCAUGAGCCCCUUUGACGAGCAGCCCCAGCCCCAGCCCCAUGGUCAUCCUCAGCAUGGCCCUCAGCCUGGACCCCAGCUCGGACCCCAGCCUCAACCGAUGGAGUACCUCUUCCAGUCGCAGGCUGAAGGCGUCGACGCCUUCGGUCCCGAUCCCAUCGCCAUGGCUCCCGGGGUAUUCGAGGCCAUGUCUUCGCUCGAACCGCUGAGUGCAUGGAUGGGGACAAUCAACGAAUACGAUGUUCCGGGGGCCUGA